GAAGCAUUUUAGUUAAACAAUUAAAAGAAUUAGUAUCCGGUUCAGUUUCAAUAAAAAAUUUAAAUAAGUUUUAUAAGACGAAGAAAAAAACUUCUAAAAUGUCAUUAAACUUAAAUAUGAAGCAAGUAAAAGGCAAUUUGCAGCGUCUAUUUGAUAAGAAUUUGACUGAUUUGGUCAGAGGACUUAGGAAUAAUAAAGAUAAUGAGGCAAAUUACAUUGCUCAAUGCAUUGAAGAGAUCAAACAGGAACUGCGAAUCGACAAUAUUAGCGUUAAAUGCAAUGCAGUUGCGAAAUUAACUUAUCUUCAAAUGUGUGGCUAUGAUAUAUCAUGGGCUGGAUUCAAUAUUAUCGAAGUUAUGAGCUCCAAUAAAUUUACAUGCAAGCGCGUUGGAUAUCUUGCAGCCAGUCAAAGCUUCCAUCCAGGCACGGAUUUGUUGAUGUUAACGACAAAUAUGAUUCGAAAGGAUUUAAGUUCAACUAAUCAAUAUGAUGCUGGGGUUGCGCUGAGUGGUUUAAGUUGCUUCAUAUCUCCUGAUCUUUCGCGUGAUUUAGCCAAUGACAUUAUGACAUUAAUGAGUUCCACAAAACCUUACUUGCGAAUGAAAGCCGUCCUAAUGAUGUAUAAAGUCUUUUUGAAUUAUCCAGAAGCACUUCGACCUGCAUUUCCAAAAUUAAAAGAGAAAUUAGAAGAUCCUGAUCCAGGUGUUCAAUCUGCUGCUGUUAACGUUAUCUGUGAAUUGGCGAGGAAGAAUCCUAAAAAUUAUCUCUCAUUAGCGCCAAUCUUCUUUAAACUCAUGACAACAUCGACCAAUAAUUGGAUGCUCAUUAAAAUAAUUAAAUUGUUUGGCGCUUUAACUCCCAUAGAACCUCGUUUAGGAAAGAAGCUGAUUGAACCGCUUACGAAUUUAAUUCAUAGCACAUCUGCAAUGAGUUUACUCUAUGAAUGCAUCAAUACAGUUAUAGCUGUUCUUAUAAGCAUAAGCAGUGGAAUGCCUAAUCAUACAGCAUCAAUUCAACUAUGUGUGCAAAAAUUAAGGAUUCUCAUAGAGGAUUCCGAUCAAAAUUUAAAAUAUCUCGGGCUAUUGGCAAUGUCGAAAAUAUUAAAAACACAUCCGAAGAGUGUUCAGGCACAUAAGGAUUUAAUACUUGCAUGUCUUGAUGACAAAGACGAAUCAAUUAGAUUGAGAGCUUUAGAUUUACUUUAUGGAAUGGUUUCAAAGAAGAAUCUUAUGGAGAUAGUUAAUAAGCUUUUAGGACAUAUGGAGAGAGCAGAAGGAAGUGUCUACAGAGAUGAAUUAUUACUGAAAGUAAUUGAGAUUUGUUCACAGGAAUCAUAUCAACAUGUUACAAAUUUUGAAUGGUAUUUGACUGUCCUUGUUGAACUGAUACAAUUAGAAGCUGGAUCAAAGCAUGGAAGUGUUAUUGCUGAUCAAUUGUUAGAUGUUACAAUUCGUGUUGAAAGUGUUCGUAAAUUCUCCGUUAAUGAGAUGAUAAAUUUAAUUAAUUCGUUUCCAUCAUCGUCGCAAACGAGUACAAUGUAUGAAGUAUUAUAUGCCGCUUCAUGGAUAGUCGGUGAAUUUGCUAAUCAAUUAGAUAAUCCAGAAGAUGCUUUAAAACUUUUCCUACAAGAACGCUCCAUUCCGGGCCACAUUCAAGCUGUUUUUGUCCAAAAUUCUAUUAAAGUACUGACCAAUAUCAUUGAACGAGCUUGCGAAUCAGGAGAUUUGAAAUCAAUUGAAUGUGCUACUGAGAUAAUGGAACAAAAGUUGCAAUAUUUUAUAAGUUCAGGUGAUAUUGAAGUACAGGAACGAGCAUCAGCAACACGUGAAAUUAUUUUAGCAUUAAGUGAAGCUCUUAAUGGUGAAUAUGAAACAAAGAAAGUGACAAAUCAGGAUCUGUUGAAUGAUAUUGGUGAUCAAGAAAAUGGAAAUGUAAUAACGUCGAAUCUCCCAGCACAGCUUACUGACAUUUUAAAUGACUUCAAAUCGCUUUUCGAUGGAGAAUUACUUCCAGUAGUCGCAAAUGCACAACGCAAAGUGAAAUUUCCGGAUGGCCUUAAUUUAGAUGAAUGGAUUAAUGGUCCAAUAAGUGAAAGUUCUAGCGAUGAAGAGGAUGAAAGUAAAGGCGAUGGAUUAUUUGUCUCAGCAUCUGAAAAGACAAGCGAACGAGGCAGCCGUAAAGACAGUUUUGAACCAACUCCAGAGGAAUUAGAAAAGAUAAGAGAAGCUAGAAAGAUGUUGCAAGCACACAAUCCAAAUUACUUGAAAUCUUCGCCAUCGGGUAGUCGUCAGGCAAAUGACAAUGGUGAUUAUGACAAUAUCGAUGACAUCCCAAUUGCAGAAUUGAACCUUGACGUUCCACUUAAAGUUCAUUCCAAAACAAAGAGAUCUGAUAAAUAUCUAGAAGAGAGUCGCAAAGCUCAACGAAAGGAAAAUAAGAAAGAAAAUUCAAGUAAAAAAUCAAAGAAAAAAUCUUCAAAAAAGACUAAGAAGCCUGAUGUUGUGUCUGAUAGUGGAUCUGAAGAGGAAUCGAAACCAGUUCAUUUAGUUAAUAAGAUUGUGGAUAUGCCAGAAGGUGCAACAUUAUCAGAUUCAGAGGAUAAGAAUGUUUUAGACUUGAAUGAUCCACACAGAGCACUUGGAAAUAUAAAUUUGGAUGAUGUUGAGGAGUUUUAUGCACCACCACAAAGAACAAGUAAAAUAAAGCACGUUGAAGAGUCUGAAUCAUCAAAAUUAAAGGAGAAAUCUCAUCGUAAAAAGAAGGAAUCAAUUCCUGAGCAAAAUUUAAUGACAGAGGAAGUGAAUGUGAAGAAAGAUAAGAAAAAGCAUAAGCGAAAAAAAGAGAUUAUUAGCGAAGAUGUUAAUCAUGAGAAAUUAACGGAUAUACUCGAUGUAGAACAAAAGAUUAAAAAAUCUAAGAAAAAAUCAAAGGAAAGCGAUAAAAUGGACGCAGAAAAAUCCAAAAAGCAUAAGAAAUCAUCGAAAAAAAGUGAAUAUGAGGAGACAUUGUGAAACCUUUCAAAGACUUUGCAUAAAUCCUCCUUUUAUUUUUUUACAACCUAUGGAUAAUAUCUUAUUAAGCCUUCUAAGUAAUAAUUCUCUGGUUAUGACUAAUACAUAUUUAGAAGUGAAUGAAUGCUUCAUGCGUGCUUAAUUAAAUGAAUUUGUCUUUAACGAGAUUUCGAUUAACAUAUUGCCAAAAUUCUCU